AGGGAAGCACUCCCUCUCUUCUUUACGCGGGCAAACCAUCAGUUUAGAAAGAGCGAUCGCUAAGUUGGAUUACAGCAGAAAACCAAGAAUCCCCUCUCUCUCUCCCCACUUCAACCGGCGGCCUUUGAGAAAUCGGAAGAAGAAGAAGAAGAAGAAGGAUGGUGGGAAGGCGGAAGAUUAGCAUGGGAUUCAUCUCCGAUCAAAGGAGGCGCCAUGUGACCUUCUCCAAGAGAAGGAAGGGCCUUUUCAAGAAGGCCCAAGAGCUCUGCUGUCUCACAGGCGCAACCAUCGGCAUUGUCUGCUUCAGCGAAGCAGGAAAUGCUUUUACAUUCUCCUACCCUCCACCUGCCGACGACCAAGAAGGAGAUGAUGGACACCGGCAACUACUCUCCAUCAUGCAGCAACACUGUGAGCAAGAGGUGGGACUGCGAGCACCAUCCCGCACCAUCACAACUACUCGUUCGCAACCACUGAAGACAAGACCAUCAGUGGUGGAUUCAAAAUCGAUUUCAGAGCAGAACAGUGGCACCGGCCUCCCACAGUCAGUGGGCGGAAAUGACUUGUGGGCAUCGUUGGAAUCGCUGCAUGGUGCCGGCGUAAGUUUCUCUGAUCCGGGCAGCUACGAUUUUGGAUCAUCUUCAAAUUGCGUGGUAGAAGGUGAGCAAGAGGUGGGCUGCAGAUGCAGAGCAAGGACAAGGCAGAAACACCUCUUCCGGACUCGUCCCUUGGCCAAUCGAUGGUGGAAGAACAGCAGUCGGUGGACUCAAGCUUCUAUGGUUCUGUGAGUUGCAGCAGUUUUCUCGAUUCCUCCAGCUUGCCUCCACCGCCAUCGAUUGACGCUCUCCUUUCAUCGCCACCACCCUCAUUCGGCUGGAAUGACGGUCUUGACAGUUUGGAGAUGGACACGUUCGAAGAUUGAUGCUGUUGUGCUAGUCCGCUAGAUGCCUUUGCAGCAGACUGAAGUUAAAGAGACACAACUUGCUCUGGUGGAUGGUAAAUUUAGUUGCUUUACGGCAAGUCAGCAGGAUCCUGAGCUUACUGCG